AAAAUUAUUAGAUGCAGUGUCACACUCAUCUUUUAUAUUGUACCUCUCAUUUAUUAUUGUCUCUGUCUUUUUCUCCUUACAUUCCCUUCUCCAUCCCACUAAAUGCUCUUUGCCUCCUUCCAUCCAUUUAUAUUUUAUCUUUUUCUUUAUUUUCCAACUGAAAUUCCCAGCUGAGUAGAAAACAUUCUCUCCUUCAAUUUAGGGUUUUCCCCCUCAUCCCUCAUUAAUGAGGGUUAACUGCAAGAAUAUCUCAGCUCUCUGAAGUUUCUGUUGCUGCUGUUUCACGCACUCUCUCUCUCCCUCUUUUUGAGAAUUUGAAGAAGCAAACAACAGUUUUUUCUUGAAACAUCUCCCACACAAGGAAAAAGGUAGUUUACUUUUUUUCUUCUUCUGAUCAAAGGGAAACACUAGAGACAGAGAGGUAUGGCUUCGUCGAGUUCGUACAAUUCGCCGUGCGCGGCGUGCAAAUUCCUGCGGCGGAAGUGCAUGCCUGGCUGCAUCUUCGCGCCCUAUUUCCCGCCGGAGGAGCCGCAGAAGUUCGCCAACGUGCACAAGAUCUUCGGCGCCAGCAACGUGUCGAAGCUGCUGAACGAGCUCCUCCCCCACCAGCGCGACGACGCCGUUAAUUCGCUCGCCUACGAGGCGGAGGCGCGUGUGCGCGACCCCGUCUACGGCUGCGUCGGCGCCAUCUCCUUUCUCCAGAGGCAGGUCGACCGCCUCCAGAAGGAGCUCGACGCCGCCAACGCUGACCUCAUCCGCUUCGCCUGCGCCACCGGGAUUCCGCCCUCCCCGGCCCCGGUAGGCCCGCCGCGCCAGCGCCCGGGGGAGUAUAGUAGGAGGAUCGGAGACGGAGGCGGUGGUGGAGGAGGAGGUGGAUUUUAUCAAACACCUAAUAGCUACACAUUCCCUUAUAACUAUCAUUCCCCAUGGAAUGGCAGUUAUAAUCCUCAUGGAGGAGGAGGAGAUAUUUAAGGAGCCAUGAUUUCAUCUCUCUAGGGUUUGCCUCUCCUCUCUCUCUCUCUCCCUCCCUUGGAAAUUAAAUCGUAUUCUGCAGAUUUUUUUUUCUUUUUUUUUUUUUUUGGCUUACAUCAAUUUCCAUUUUCAAUUACAUGUCUAAGUCAUGGUUUUCUAGCUAUGUUUGUAGAGUCACAUGCAUCCCUCUAGCUGUCAAAAAAAAAAUUAUACUAUUA